AAAAGAUGUUUAUAUUUCCAAAUUUGAAGGAAUUUAUACAUCUAUAUAAACAAGUACCUAACGCACUAAACGGUGAGCUUUAUUUGAUAAUAUCACUGAUCAUCAUCGAGCUAGACGUUGAGGAACAUUAAAAUGGUUCAUCACUGCUGCAGCAAACAGAAAGUCAAGAGAGGCCUGUGGUCUCCUGAAGAAGAUGAGAAGCUUAUCAAAUAUAUCACCACCCAUGGCCAUGGCUCUUGGAGUUCUGUUCCCAAGCUCGCAGGGUUACAGAGAUGUGGGAAGAGUUGCAGAUUGAGAUGGAUAAACUACUUGAGACCAGAUCUGAAAAGGGGUUCAUUUACUGAGCAAGAAGAGAGGACUAUCAUCGAUGUUCAUAGAAUUCUUGGCAACAGAUGGGCGCAAAUAGCGAAGCAUUUGCCUGGAAGAACUGACAAUGAGGUCAAGAAUUUUUGGAACUCAUGCAUUAAAAAGAAACUUCUUGCUCAAGGGAUUGAUCCCAAUACUCACAAUCUCCUCUCUCCUUCUCAAUUUUUUCAUAACAAUACUUCCAACAAUAUUGUAGCAUGUAACAACAACAACAAGAAGCAGCUUCUUCCUCCAAUGUUCCUCCUAAAUUCACAAAUGAAAGACGAUAAUAAUUCUUCCAUGGAGGCCAUGAAUUUGAAAUCACCAUUUCUCACUGAUAAUAACAUUUUCCCCAAUUCUUUAUCAUUGCAUGAAAUCUCAAACCUACCAAAUAUAAUGACUACCUCUCAUGAGUUCCAAAACCCUAAUAUGUUUUGGACAAUGGAAGGCCAAAAUCAUCCCCAAAACGUCCCUGCUGUGUCUUCUUCUCCAUUAAAUCCAAGUGGGUUCGACCUCAUUGAUGAGAAUUGCAUUUGGAAUAAUGAAAUAACAAUGGAGAUUCAACCUCAGCCUCAGAAUGUGAUCUACGAAGUUGAAAUUGAGAAACCUAUAGGGCAAAACAACAACAUGAGCACAUCAUUUGAGAGAUCUGAUUUUGAUUUUGAGUUUGUGGAGUCAACAGUAAUGCCUUGUGGAAUGUAUAGUAACCUUAUUGUCAUAGACCAAUUUGCAUGGGAUUGUUAAUUAAUUAAUUAGGGCUUUACUAUUUUUUUUUUUCAAUUUUUUUGAGGCUUUAUUGUCCGUACGUGGCCAUCUUGAA